GGUAACUCAGAGGAGGCAGGCCGUGUGCUUUUAUGAACUAACAUCAGAUCUGAUGAAACUUGAAUGAGUCACCGGGUCUGAUCAGCCAUGGCGAGGUCAAAGGCGAGGGUGUACAUGUGUUGCAGCCUGAUACUGCUCUGUCUGGUUGCAAUAAUUGUGUGCAUUGCUCUAUUGGUGAGACGACGGUGUCCGGCGGGGGCUUAUCUGAGCGCCGCAGUGGCCGCAGACUCAGAAACAUGCUCAGAGAUUGCACGAGACAUCCUUCAACUCGGAGGUUCAGCAGUAGAUGGCGCUAUUGCUGCGCUGCUGUGCACCGCUGUCAUCAACCCGCAGAGCACGGGCAUCGGAGGCGGGGCCAUAUUCACAGUGAUGGACCACACUGGUAACGUCAAAGUCAUCAAUUCGAGAGAGACUGUCCCCAAGGUGUUCAGGCCUGACCUGCUGGCCGCAUGUCCCAAGACCUUCCAGCUGGUCGCAGGUAGCCAGUGGAUUGGUGUCCCGGGGGAAAUACGAGGUUUUGAACUGGCUCACAAGCUGUAUGGGAAGUUGCCAUGGGCCAGCCUCUUCCAGCCAACUAUCAAACUGGCCAGGGAUGGUUUCCCUAUUCCUGAAGUCCAAGGUCGCUACCUCAAGCAUACCGAUACCAACCAGACCCUGCCAUUACGCAAGCUGUUUUCAGACGAGCAUGGAAACCUGCUGAAGACCGGCGACAUCGUGAAGUUUGAGAAACUAGCCGACACUUUGGAGAUCAUUGCAAAUGAAGGGGCAGACGCCUUCUACACUGGGAAAAUAGCAGAGGAUUUAAUCCGUGACAUACAGGAGGCAGGAGGAACGCUCACAAUGGAGGACUUGGCGUCGUUUCAAGCCACAGUGACUGAUUCUUGGGUUUUUCCCCUGGGAGAAUACCAGAUGCACGUACCUCCACCCCCUGCAGGAGGUGUCUUCCUCAGCCUCAUCCUCAACAUCAUGAAAGGAUAUGAGCUGGAUUCAACAUCUCUGAUGGGUCAGCAAAAGGUGCUCACAUAUCACCGCUAUGUUGAAGCUUUUAAGUUCGUCAAUGGCCUGAAAAAAUACAUCCACGAUCCAAACUUCAGCUCAGAGGAAAUGGCGAAGAAGUUCACCCAGAAGAGUUUUGCCGAUCACAUCAGGAGCUUAAUCAGCGACUACAAGACACACGAUCCGGAGUAUUACAACAUCACGCCACACGUAGACAGCAUGGGCACCACGCACGUGUCCGUGCUCGCUGAAGAUGGGACUGCCGUUUCUGCCACCAGCAGCAUCAAUCACAUUUUUGGCUCCAAGGUCUUCUCUUCAAGCACUGGAGUCAUCCUCAACAACCAGCUGUCAGAUUUCUGCAAAAAAACAGAUCACAUCAUUGCGGGAGAGCGGCCGCCCUCCUCCAUGUCUCCCGCUGUGUUGGUGUCUAAGUCUAAGACGCUGGUGGUCGGAGGAACUGGUGGGAACAUGAUCACGACUGGGAUGGCCUCAAUGCUAAUGAACCAUCUCUGGCUUGGAAAGAGUCUCGAGGAGGCGAUCGCUGCUCCAGUCGUCUAUGUAGACCCUGGAAAUGCACUGAAGUUUGAAUCCAAAUUUGAUCAGGCUGUGGUGGAGGCUUUAAAAGCUCUUGGACACAUCGAAGAAAAAGCGAAAUACUUCUACAAUGUGGUCAACGUCGUGGAGAAAGAGGACAGCUGCAUAUACGCCGUUUCCGAUGCCAGGAAGAAGGGCAAAGCAGCCGGUUACUGAGAAGAAGAGCGACUGCCUUUGGUUGUGCGGGACCACCUAAAGGUUAGUGAGAGCCUCCCGUCACCCAGAGGGCCGCCCGCUCAGUUCCCUCAGCGCACGGCGUGACUCCUGCCUCAGUAUCCUCCAACGAGACACUGAAUCACAACUUGAUCGCUCACUGUGACUGUAAGCUGCUCGAAAAGGGUGUCUAAAUGACUAAUUCCUAAAAUGACAAUUGCUGAAAAUGCAGCGAGACAGCAACAUGACGGAUUAGGUCAUGCAAGAUAAAAACGACUGGCCUUACUUAACCUGUCUUUGUAUCCUACCUCUUUCCACUUUUUCUUCACCUCAUUUGCACGUUUCCACCUCUCACUGCUGGCUCUCAACACUGUUGUUGUAUUUUGCACUUUUGUAUUUUUAAGCUUAGAAGUGGUGAUGAUAAUUAUGUGCAAAUAUGCAUUUAUUCCAUCUUUUUUGACAUAUUAGAAGUGACUUUUUACAGUAGUGCUUAAUGCCUAAGAAUCCAUAACAGGACCAUUAGAGCUCCUCAUUCACUUCAGGUAUGUAUGUGUGUGUUCAUAUCUGCCACAGAGCAGCAACAGCAGACAUUUAACUGAAUUUAAGUUCAUUGAUGGACUUAUUCUUCAUU